AUGAAGUCGUUGAUCGCGGAGGAGGAAAUCGAGGUGUGCAAGUUUCGGCGGAAUGCGUUUUCCGCCGUCGCCCUCUCCACUUCGUGUAUUCUCGCCAUUGUGAUUCUGACGCCGAUCGCCUAUCAGGCUCUGCAGAGAAUCCAUUCGAAUCUUCUGAACGACGCGCAUUUUUGUCAGGUCAAUUUUCGCAAACUUUUGGUUAUUUUUCAUACCCUCUUUUUUCAGGCGCGUAACCGAGAUUUGUGGACCGAGACGAUGGAGAUGGCGCGGAGUCGUGGGCGAGACGAAGAGCUGGUGGCGAGAACGAGAAGACAAGUCAAGGGCACGUGGCUUUUCGGACAGUACAUCCCGGACAGAUCGAGUCGGAACCGUCGGCAGCAGUACGCGGAGGCGGGCGCGGCCGCAGACGGAACCCCGGCCGCCGAGUGCCGCAGAGGACCGCCAGGACCGCCCGGAGACAACGGAGAGGACGGCGCCGACGGGAAGGACGGUGCUCCCGGGGAAGAUGGAAAGGACGGAGCCGAUGCAGUCGGAGGGAGCGACGGAGGAUAUCAGGAGGGACCUGCGGCUGCCGCUGAGGCUUGCAUUCGUUCGUGCCCGCCGGGACCGCCUGGACCGACGGGACCACCCGGAGACAAGGGCGCCAGAGGGUAUCCGGGAGAGAGUGGAGAGCCCGGAACUCCAGGAAAGGCCGGAGCCAAGGGAAAUCCGGGACCGUGAGUUCACCUACUCCUUUUUCAUUUUUCUCAAAACUCUAUUUCAGAGCUGGACCGCCAGGCCCACCUGGAUACCCAGGACGUCCCGGAGAGCGGGGAGAGAACGGAAAAACGAUUGCGGGCGAGGCUCCGGCUGGUCCGCCAGGUCGUCAGGGAGAAAUGGGACCGCCUGGACCACCAGGACCGACGGGACCACGUGGAAAGGACGGAGCGGCCGGAGAGAAGGGAUCUCCGGGAGACCAAGGAAACCCGGGACCGUACGGAAAGCCAGGUCAGCCCGGCGAGCCGGGAUCGGAUGGUUCACCCGGAGAGAAGGGAUCGUGCGAUCAUUGUCCUCCGCCCAGAACUCCACCAGGUUAUUAAUCACUUGUUCAUCGGAGCUACAGUUCUUUUUUCGUUUGUUGCAAUAUAAUAAAGUUCAUCGAAAUCAACGCUAUUUCGUUUCAUACAGAGGAUCAGAACCAAAAAUCAGCCCGCGAAGAGUGGGAUCUGCGAAGAGGCAGCAGACUCCAGAAGAACUCUGUCGUCAACCGAACGCCCCCAAUGCGAGCCCGCCUCCUCCACUCUUCUUGCUCAGAGAAUGGAUUAGAGUUCUCGUCAACUCCUCUGUCUAGCCUGAAGGGUCAGUCGCGGCGACAGGUUGCGCGCAAGCAGCCGACGUCUCGCGGGUUCCGCCACUCGCUAUCUUUCGCGUGGGCCUAA